AUGACAGAAGAACAAGAGCCUAUCUGUGUUGCCUCUACCCGUCAGGAGGGUGAUGAGCAUUGUCCAGGAUCUGCAAGUCAUUCUCCAAAUUAUCAAGACUCCACCUCCCUACAAUCAAAUGAGAAGCGCAGUCUCGGCCAAAACCCUAAUACAACAUAUUUCAAGGGCGCAGAAUGGUCGGCGGAUGGAACCACUUUAUUGACGGAUUCCUCCGAUCACCAUAUCAGAACCUGGAUCUUACCACCUGAUAUGCUAGAAGACACGGCCUCUCCCCGCGACUUAUCGCCAUACUCUGUCUUGCCGUCAGCAGAACCGACCUAUGCGACUGCCAUGUACCCUUUCUUCUCCCUUCAGGACCCGUCGACGACAUUAUUUCUCUCAUCUGUUCGAGACCAUCCAAUCAGAUUGACAUCUGCUCUUGCUCCGACUUCUGUGGCGACUUAUUCUCUGGUAAACCCAAUGACAGAGGCCUUCAUAACGCCUCAUUCAAUGAUUUAUCCAUCUGCCCUGGGAGGGAGCCAAUUUCUCACUGGUUCAGACAGCCUGAUUUGCCUCUUUGAUGUCUCUCGACCGGGUAACGAUGGACCUGUCACUUCCAUGCCGACAAUACCAAGCAAAAGAAAGCAACAGGUGGGUGGAGGCGUGGGAAUGAAAGGAAUCAUCUCUGCCAUGGCCCUGGAUCCGACAGGGGCUGGUAUUUUAGCUGCUGGAACCUUCACCAGACAUGUCGGACUUUAUGGUGCACAUGGAACAGGGGAGUCCCUAGGGACAUUCAGCAUAUCGAAAACAGAAGCUCACCGUCAUAUUGGCGGCCGUGGAAUCACUCAACUGCUGUGGAGCCCCUGCGGAAGGUACCUCUACGUUGCUGAACGGAAAAGUGAUGGAGUCUUAGUAUAUGAUAUCCGAGUCACUGGACAACUGCUUGGAUGGUUGCAGGGCCGCAAAGCUUUCACAAAUCAAAGGCUGAAAAUCGAUGUAUUUCCCAGUGGAGAAAACGGCUCGCAUGAGAUCUGGGCUGGCGGAACCGAUGGCUGCAUGAGGGUGUGGCAGAACCCUACACAUGCUACUGGUGCUCAGGAUCCCAAGUGGGAAUGGAAGGUUCAUAACGACACUGUGAGCAGUACUGUGUUGCAUCCAAUGGGGAAUAUAGUUGCCACAACUUCAGGUCAACGGCACUUCGAAAAAGACAUCGACGAUGCCAGCUUACCAGCUAUGCCUGAUAUUGACAACAGCUUGAAGGUGUGGUAUAUGCCACUUCUAAAUGCGAACAGCGAUGACGACUGA